AUGGCGACCAGCCUUCGGCCGGUCUCCGAGCGCGAGUCUCAGGAUGGGGGCAAUACACCAGACGAGUUCCCACGUUCUCUGCUUCCUACCCGCGUCGGGAAGAGCCCACGCUUGCGCCUGUCAACGUCAAGGCCUCAGGAAUGGGACGAAAGGAGAAGGGUGAGGGUAGGGGAGGGGGGUAAGGAGGCGAAGAGAGAAAACAAGAGCGAGACUGCGAGACUCCAGAGAAUGAGAGUGAUGAGAGUGUGUGAGAGCGUGAGAGCCGGCUCACCUCGCCCGUCUCGCCGCGGCACCGCUUCUGGCUGUCGUAUGCGCGCUUUGGUGCUUUUGUUCUUGGCGUCUGUAUCACCUCGUCGAGUCUGUGACCCCCUUUGGGCCGAGAAGAGAUGGGACUAUCCUGGGAAACAGACGAAUGGGACAGCGCUGACCCCCGGGAGAAAACAGGGCCCGUAUGCGAAAUCGUUGCUCAAAGCGUCCAGAGUUCAGCGAGCAAACCACAACCUUUCAACUCUCGCCAGGCUUCCCGCCCUCCACUCCGUCGACACUGUUCGACUAGGAAGUCUGCAGUCCGCUGCCGUUGUCAGAAUUGCUUACUAUGGAAUCUCCUAA